ACUGUCCUGUUGCUGCCUCUCAAUCAGGAGCUCCUCCAUUUCCAGCUGCCUGAAUCAGAAAACCUGUCUAGUCGAGAUAUGACUUCCUGAACAGAAUUAUUGACCCUUACAGAAAGUCCCUUCUGCUGUGAUUGCUCUCCUCCUGUUUACUGUAGCUGCUCCUCCCUGGUGAGACAUGAUGAGACAGAAGCUGGCGGCCGUGACAGGAACACUGUGUCCUGCCCCGGUGGCUCAGUCCGACGAGGACCUGAAGUCCCCGCCUGGCGCUAACGAGGUGAAGAUGCAGAUGAAGCGGGAGAUCUCCCUCCUCAACGGGGUGUGCCUCAUCGUGGGCAACAUGAUUGGCUCCGGGAUCUUUGUCUCUCCCAAGGGCGUCCUGAUGUACAGCGGCUCCUACGGGCUGUCGCUGGUCAUCUGGGCUCUGGGCGGGAUGUUCUCGGUGUUUGGGGCGCUGUGCUACGCCGAGCUGGGCACCACCAUCACCAAGUCGGGCGCCAGCUACGCCUACAUCCUGGAGUCGUUUGGUGGCUUCCUGGCCUUCAUCCGGCUGUGGACCUCCAUCCUGCUGGUCGAGCCGGCCAGCCAGGCCGUCAUCUCGCUCACCUUCGCCAACUACCUGGUGGAGGCGCUGUACCCCACCUGCCAGCCACCGUACGACGCCAUUCGCCUCAUUGCUGCCGCCUGCAUCUGCAUGUUAAUAUUUAUUAACUGUGCCUAUGUGAAGUGGGGGACUAUGGUCCAGGAUCUCUUCACAUAUACCAAGAUCAUGUCCCUCAUCCUAAUCAUCAUCAUGGGAGUCAUAAAGAUUGCUAAUGGAGAGACUCAGAACUUAGAACACCCAUUUGAAGGUUCCUCUGUCGAACCUGGUCCCAUAGCUCUUGCCCUGUACUCUGCACUGUUCUCCUACUCUGGAUGGGACACCCUCAACUUUGUCACAGAAGAGAUUCAGAACCCCGAGAGGAACCUGCCUUUGGCUAUUGCUAUUUCUAUGCCCAUUGUGACCAUCAUCUACCUGCUGACCAACGUGGCCUACUACGUGGUCCUGGACAUGUCCUCUCUGCUGGCCAGCGACGCUGUUGCUGUGACGUUUGGAAACGCCGUCCUGGGCUCUUUCAGCUGGAUCAUUCCUAUCUCUGUGGCCAUGUCCUGCUAUGGGGGUCUCAACGCCUCCAUCAUUGCUGCCUCCAGGUUGUUCUUUGUAGGAGCGAGAGAAGGACACCUCCCAGACAGCCUGAGUCUGAUCCACAUGGAGCGCUACACGCCUGUUCCUGCCCUUAUAUUCAACGGCGGGAUGGGCCUGAUAUUCCUGUGUGUGGAGGAUGUGUUCCAGCUCAUCAACUACUUCAGCUUCAGCUACUGGCUCUUCGUGGGGCUGUCCGUGGCCGGCCUCAUCUACCUCCGCGUCACACAGCCCGACAGACACAGGCCUGUCAAGCUCUCCUUGUUCUUCCCCUUCAUCUACUGCCUGUGCAGUCUCUUCCUCGUCAUCGUCCCGCUGUACGGAGACACCAUCAACUCUCUGAUCGGCAUCGGCAUCGCCCUGUCAGGAAUACCUGUCUACUUUGUAGCCAUCUACCUGCCGGAGGAAAAGAGGCCAAAGUUCAUAGGCCAGAUCAAUGCCACGGUCACCAAAUACACUCAGAUCAUGUGCUAUGGCUGUCUGACUGAACUGGAUGUGGAGCCAGAGAUACUUGCUAACGGUAAAAGCCAAUGAGAGCACCUGCUUUGUUCCCUACUCCCUGCCCCCUGCACCCGCGGGGGAGAUACCCGCCCUUCCAUAAGUAUUCUGGUUUCUCAAAUGUCUUCAGAGUCUGAGAACAAAAGAAGAAGAGAUGUUUCAGAGAACAAUUUUUGCUAUUGUGAUCAAACUGACAUUUUAUAUACUUUGGGACAAAGCAACGAUUUUGUAUCACUGUCUAUUUUUUGUGCUUUUGGAAUACACUUGAAUAUUGAUUGAAAUGUUUUCCUGUAGAACAAUGAACUAUGAUACAGGAAAUGUUCGCGAUUUCUAAAUUUACCCUUAGAAUUCACCUCAUUCUGUCAGAUCAUGUGUUUUCACAAUAAGCUGAUUCAUGAUGAGUUGUUUUCAUAAAGCUAUGACUAACAGAGUGUUGGACCAAAGUGUAUUCUAGAAAUUACCUUUAGCACUAGCACUCCUAUUCUGUGAUAUUACAUUACAUUUGCCAACUGUCACAAACAUAAUUAAUGCUUUUCUUGUUAUUAAUAUGUAUUUGCACCAAUUUUGGUCAUUUGGAGUUACCUGAGGCCAAAGUUAUGAAAGAUAUGUUUGCAGAAGUCAUAGCCAAGAAGACUGAAUGUGUUUUUGCUUGGUUAUUUUGCCAUAUGUCGAAGUCUCAGAAUAGAUUUUGGUGGGCUAUUUGUGAGCUACACCCUUUAAAUGUCUUGGAGACUAUUAUAACCUGUGCCCCUGUGUUCCAAGAUUGAACUUGAAUUGAAGUAUUUAGCAAUGUUUCUUUCCAGUCUUUCCUAUCCCCUCACAGUUCCACACCUGUUCCUCCCCCUAAUCCAUGCACUAGCCAUCUUUACAGUAUUUCUCCUUCCACUAUGCUUUUUUAUGUCUAUGUAAAGGUUCAAAACAUAUUUGAAACAACAUGUCAAUGUACUUCUUCUCUGGUACAGUCAAAGUAAACCACUUACAUUUUUAUA